AUGACGGCACGUUGGCGCGAGUCGGCGCGCGAAAGAAUAGCCCAAAGACAGCGAGAAAGGCACAGACCCGAGAUCCUCGAUGACGGCGACGAACUUGCCAUGUCACCUCUCCCGGGCUAUUAUCCGGAACGCUAUCGCGAUGAAUACGACCGUGGACAGCUUGGACCACCAGCAAGCUACUAUGCCGAACCACCCCAGUCAUAUGCAGACGAGCUAGUUCUGGAUGAUUUCGAUCGCCGCCUUCUUGCUCACCCUGCCUCGCAAACCCGUGACGACGAACAAUAUGAGAUUGCGCUCUCGCAUCUUAGAAGACAUGCCCAGCCUCACAUCUCCCCCGGAUACAGCUCGUACAUGGCCGCCACAAUGUCUGCUGGUCCGCCGCCUUCCAGCAGGGUACAUGCUCCCAACGACCACCUCAUUCCGACUCCAAGGACACUGGACAUUAUCAGCCGUGAACCAAAUCAUCGUCUCAGGGACUUGUGUGGCCCACAACAACAGCCAACACCUCCGAUGCAUUCCGCUGCUUCAUAUACACACAGCCCCGCAAGUCAAGCCUCCACCAAAGGGACUCUUCACACUCUUACCAGCUCCAGUCCUACCAUCCGAGCCAGUGCCCACAAGAAGCAGAGUGCCUCUAGACGCGCCCGUCAGAUGUCAUAUCUGGCCGAAGAGCCUAUGGAAACAUUACAGCCAUCGCAGCCAACCCAAGCUACCCACACAGACUCUACUGAGUUGACUCCUAUCGUUCACGGUGUACGGCUGGUGAGUGUACGACAGGCCUUGCCAAGCAGGUUCCAGGAAGUCUUCCCUUACGAGUUGCUCAAUGCCGUACAAUCAAAGUGUUUUGGAGUUGUCUAUGGGUCUACCGACAACGUGGUCAUAUCUGCACCAACAGGAAGCGGCAAAACAGCCAUCCUGGAGCUUGCCAUCUGCAAACUCGCCCUCGAUCGAGGUAACGAGAAUUUCAAGAUUGUCUACCAAGCGCCAACCAAAGCUCUUUGUUCGGAGAAGGCUAGGGAUUGGGUGAAGAAAUUCAGCCAUAUGGGCUUGAAAUGUGCUGAGCUGACUGGCGACACCUCUCAAGCCGAGAUGAGGCGAGUUGGGGAAGCCUCCAUUAUCGUCACCACUCCCGAGAAGUGGGAUUCCAUAACACGCAAGUGGCAGGACCAUCGCAAGCUUCUCCAACUUGUCGAGCUAUUCCUCAUCGACGAAGUUCACAUUCUCAAGGACGUCCGUGGUGCUACCCUUGAGGCUGUGGUGUCACGGAUGAAGACCAUUGGGGCCAAUGUUCGUUUCGUUGCACUAAGCGCCACUGUUCCCAACUCAGAUGACAUUGCCAAAUGGCUGGGACGCAACCACACCACUCAACAACUACCUGCUCACCGUGAAGUUUUUGGCGAAGAGUUCCGCCCUGUCAAGCUGCAGAAGUUUGUCUACGGAUACGAAUGCAACGGAAAUGACUUCAUCUUUGACAAGUUUAUGGACUCCAAGCUCCCCAAAUUGCUCUCUAAACACAGUCAACGGAAACCAAUUCUAGUCUUUUGCUUUACGAGAAAGUCGUGCGAGUCAACGGCCGCCAUGUUAGCGGAGGAUGCCUCAAAGUUAUCAGAAAGUAAAGCUCUGUGGCCGAUUCCGAAAAAGAGGAUACCAGUUGUCAGUCGCGAACUGCAGGAGAUUGUUCAGUUUGGUGUUGCCUUUCACCAUGCGGGUCUUGAUGCUCAAGACAGGGUUGCUAUUGAGCAGCAUUUUCUGAACGGGGAGUUGAGCGUCAUCUGUUGCACAUCAACAUUGGCCGUUGGCGUCAAUCUCCCUUGUCAUACGGUAGUCAUGAAAGGUACCGUCGCCUUCAUGGACGACAAGCUCCAAGAGUACUCGGAUCUCGAAGUGAUGCAAAUGUUAGGACGAGCAGGCCGUCCGCAGUUCGAUACCAGCGCUACCGCUAUCAUUCUUACACGUGCUGCCAACAAGCAACGCUAUGAAAAGAUGGUCUCCGGUCAGGAGAUCCUCGAAAGCACCCUGCAUCUCAAUCUCAUUGAGCAUCUUAACUCUGAGAUAUGUCUUGGAACAAUCAGCGAUAUCUCUUCAGCAAAGAUGUGGCUCGGCGGGACCUUCUUGAGCGUUCGUCUCAGACGAAAUCCUGAUCAUUAUCGACUCACCGGGGACAUCUCCAAUCCUGCUCAGAUCGACGAUAAGCUCGAGGAGAUUUGCGAGCGUGACAUCAAGCUUUUGCAGAACACUCAGCUAGUGACUGCAGACGCAAAGUUCAAAUGUACAGAGUAUGGCCGUGCAAUGUCCAAGUACAUGGUGGAGUUCGAGACGAUGGAGUUGAUAUUGAAGAUUCCGCGAGCUGCUGGUAUUGAAGUCUUGAUCAAUUCUCUCACUGAAGCAGUGGAGUUCAAAGACUUUCGCAUAAAGCCCGCUGAAAGAACUCUCUUCCGAGAGAUCAACAAGAACCCGCUCAUUAUGUAUCCGGUGAAAGAGCAAGUCCAGCAUACCCAACACAAGAUCUCCCUCAUUGUGCAGGUUCACCUCGGAAGCGUUCAGUACCCAGAUUCCUCUGAGGCAGCCAAGCUCAGAAGACAGCUCAUGAUGGAAAAAAAGAUGAUAUUCGAAAGACUCCAGCGUCUUGUCCGUGCUGUUAUUGACUGCAAGGGCUUCGAUCGUGAUGCCUCCGGAGUGAAGAGUGCGUUGGAACUGGCUAGGGCACUUUCAGCCGAGUCUUGGGAAGGCCGCCCGACCCAACUUACCCAAAUCCCCAACAUUGGACCAGUUGGUAUGAGGAAGUUGGCGGGCAAGGGGAUUCGGACAGUGUUGGAGUUUGCAGAGAAAGACAGCGUCGAACUCGAGCGACUCAUGUCCAGACAGCCACCGUUUGGAAAGAAGCUGAAAGCCGAUCUUGACAAGUUCCCUCGUCUCGAUAUUGACGUAGCGGUCGUCAAAUACACCACCCCUAAAAGGCGCAAUGAAGACGUAACGCUCAAUGUUCAAGCGACACUUCGGUAUCUCAACCAGAACGGCCCCCCUAACUGGCUGGGCAGGUGCCCGAUGCUCACAUUCAUGAUCGAGUCUUCUAAUGGGAAUCUGCUAUACUUUUGGCGCGGGAGUCUCGGGAAGAUCGACAAACAGAUCGGGCUUGUACUUCCAUUUCCUAUUCCGCUAAAAAGUCCGGAUGAACGUAUCGUCUGUCAUCUGAGCUGUGAGGAAAUUGUUGGAACACUCGUAUCGAAGAUUCUGAAGCAUGAGGUACCCCUAGCGGCGUUUCCAUCCCAGCAGUCUCGGCAGGGCAGAACAACACCCACAAACGGAGGGCCAACGCAGCGACUGUUGAAAGAGAAAUCCGAAGAAUACAUGGAUAAUGAUGGAAUAGACGACUCGGACCUGCUCCAGGCAGCUGAUGAAGCAACCUCUUGUGUUCCUGUCAUUCAAGGAGCCAAGUACGAAUCAGAGUCGGAUCCCGACGAGUAUCCUGAGGUGGAAGAGCUCAUGGAAGUCGUGACACGGGCAAGCGAGCCAGAGCAUCGAAACUUUGACAGGCAUCUGGCCACGAAUGAGGCCGACGACUCCGGCGACAUGGACAACAGCCAGAUUUUAGACCGAGAGCCUGUUCAGUUACCAAACGGUAGAUGGCAGUGCAACCACGCUUGCAGCGGAGGAGUACCUACAAAAUCCGGCAAGCCCUGUAGCCAUAAGUGCUGUCAUGAGGGCAUCGAGAAGCAAAGAAAGCGGUCUACCAAAAAGCGGAAGGUGGCAGAGAAAGGGGAUCAGAAGAGCGAGUCUCAGGGUGUUCUUGCUCAAUUUUCUUUUGAACCGUUGAACAAGACAUCGCCAAUGGGAAGUGAGGCGGCCGCCAACAAGGCCAUCCCACGUGCUGCGUCAAAGAAAGAGGCAUUCGGAAAGCCCUACGAGCCAGUGAACAAGAAGCCCAAGUUGGAACUGCCCCUGCAGAAGCAAAUCAUCGACGGGGUUGAUUUUGACUACAUCGACCUUUCGUUUGAUGAUGACGAGUUUCCAGAUAUCGCGGCUGGUGUUCAGCGGAAGACAACCGCAACAACCACUGCCAACAAGGGGCAACGCACCAGCAAUGAGCGCCAGUCUUCACAUACCGAGGCUUGGGGAGUCACCCAGACCCAAGGUGAAGGUGCAAGAGGUCCUGCAGUGUUAUCAACACAGAACAUGGUGGCAGAUCAGAGCAUCAUGCCUCCGUUGUCAACCCAGGUCUAUGGGGAUGACCCAUUUGACGCCGGCGAUCUCGCAAUCCUCGAUGGUAUGAUGGUGAAGGCGAGCAACAGGCAGACAACCAAAUCACCCUUCAGCAUUGGCGGAAAGGAUCAAGUUUUCUACCAGACUCCUUCCAGCCAGUCUCUCGGACCUGGCAUGCACGUGCCCGAUGAACUCGUGUCGCUCAAUCCACAGUCCACGGGGAACAUCAACCAGCCAGCCACCGUGAUUGAUCUGGACUGGGAUGACGUACCCAUGGAAUAUGGUAAAGACUCUCUGCACGAUGAUCAGCCCGUUUCUUACACCAUCGAAGCUGCUUCACCGCAUGGACUUGCACAUGGCAGUCCCCAGACCCCCAACGAUGCCCGGAGUAAUGAGGCCAAAGACCAGAAACUAAAGACAGAAGAGGGUGAGCCGGAGUGGGUAUCGACCAUGGACCCUGAAGUUAUCGAUAUGCUUCGAGGUUUUGUAACUUUUGUAUGA